AGGGCCGAAGUAGUAUUUCUAGAAUAUAACACCAGCAAGUUGGAGUAUAUUUAUACAAUUGAACCAAAAAACAAAUGAAGUAUACAUGUGUAUUAUAUUAGUUUAUUAUUAAUAUUAAUGAAGUAUUGACUAAUACUUACGACAAGUAAACUUCAAAGAAAUUUUAAAAGAAUGCUAAUUAAUUAAAAUAAAGCUAAUUGAGAACUCAUUAUAAAACUAAUCACCUAACUGCUCAAUGCUAACACGAUGAAUCCAACUUCCAAUGAUUCAAUCCAUCACUAUAUUAGAAAAAUAAAGCUGAACAGUUUUUUUAGAUUUAUUACACUACUUGGGAUAUUUAUUGACUAGCUCAUAGCUUCAUUGACUUCAAAGAGUUGAAAAACACGUCUCAUAUUCACUACUUAAGAACCCAAAAUUAGAAAGGUUUUUCCACCAAAUAAUUCAGAGACCAAUGUCUGAGCCUAUUUCUUGUACCAUCUUCUUGUUAACACUAAUAAUCCUAUUAUUAUCACCUACUGGUGCCCAAAAUUCUGGCAAUAUAACAGUAGGACAAUCUCUCACAGCCACCAUUAAUGGCUCUUCAUGGCUUUCACCUUCCGGUGAAUUCGCCUUCGGUUUUUAUAUACUGCCCAACACCAACAACCUCUUCUUGCUUGCUAUCUGGUAUGCCGACAUACCCAACACUGUUGUUUGGUAUGCAAAUUCGGGUAAUCCUGUUCCUCAAGGAUCAUUAGUAAAGUUAACUGUUACUGAUGGCCUAAUUCUUAGUGAUCCUCAAGGACAUAACUUAUGGAACACCAGUACUUAUUCAAGAAGUUCCAAUGGAGUGAGCUAUGGUUUCAUGAAUGAUACUGGGAAUUUCUCCCUUAAAAGAAGGAAUGAUCAAAAUCCAGUUUGGCAGAGCUUUGAUCAUCCAACAGACACUUUGGUGCCUGGUCAAUCUUUGAAAAUGAGUGUGGUGCUUAAUUCUCGAUUAUCAGAAACUGAGUACAGACCAGGAAGAUUUCAGGUGCAGAUAACCAAUGAUGGAAAAAUGCAAUACUAUGUCAUGAACCUGAAAACUGAGAUUGCCUAUACUGCUUACCAUAUUAGUGAUCCUUCGAAUGCUGGGAACACUCAGAAAUUGGUCUACAAUGAGUCCGGGUAUAUGUACAUCUUGAGAAAAGAUGGAUCUAUGUAUAAUAUGUUACCUGAUGGUUACACACCAUCAGAAGAUGUCUAUCAGAGAACAACUUUGAGCCAUGAUGGGGUUUUAAAGUGGUAUUCUAUUCCAAAAAGUUCCAUUGACGAUGGUUGGAAAGUAUUCCAGUCAGAACCGGGUGACUUGUGCAAUACGCCAAGCGCGCCAAAUGUAGGCACCGGAAUAUGUGGGUUUAACAGCUUAUGCAGCAUUGGAAAUGAUUUAAACCCUACAUGUAUGUGUCCACCCGGUUACAGCCUCCAAGAUCCUAAUGACAUUUACAGUAGUUGUAAACCUGAUUUCAAGCUAAGUAGUUGUGAAGAGUAUGCAGAAAGAGCGAAGAAGGGAGAAUAUAAAUUAUUACGCCUUCCAAAUACUGAUUUUAUUUAUAAUGAUUAUGAAAGGCUUAAUUCUUCUGAUGAAGCAGAAUGUCAGAAUGCUUGCUUGAAAGAUUGCUUCUGUGCUGCUGCCUCUUUCAAUCCAAAUGGUGGUAGCAUUGGUUGUUGGAAAAAGAAAACACCACUGUAUAAUGGAAAAACAGAUAGAAAUGUGCAGGAUAUUUUUUGGAUUAAGGUUGGAAAUACAAACCUUACUAGUGAUCAAUACAAUCCUAAUGAUUCAUUUCCUCCUCUAAAGACAAAAAAUAAGGUGAAUUCAUCAUUCAAAGCACUGUUAGGUGGCUCCUUAUCAGUUAAUUUACUUCUCAUAAGUGCAGUGGGUUUGGGAAUUCUAUUCAUGAAUCAUAAGAAGAGAUUGAGAGUAUUUGAUGAGAGUAAGAGAAAAACACUGAGGGAGUACCGAAAUGUCCAUUGUUUCAGCUACCAAGAGCUCAAAGAGGCAACAAAUGACUUUGAGGAAGAGCUAGGAAGAGGAUCUUUCGGGAUAGUGUACAAGGGAAUCAUCAGCCAAGGAAAUCCUCCAAUUUGUGUUGCUGUCAAGAAGUUGGAUAGAAUAUCAGGUGAUACCGAUAAGGAAUUCAAAACUGAAGUAAAUGUGAUUGGCCGGACUCAUCACAAGAAUCUGGUACAGCUAGUAGGAUUUUGCAAGCAGGAAGACCAAAGGUUGUUGGUAUACGAAUAUAUGAGCAACGGUAGCUUAGCAGAUUACCUAUUUGGUGAUUUAAGGCCAAGCUGGAUUGAAAGGGUUCAAAUUGCUCAAGGAAUAGCAAGUGGGCUACUUUAUUUGCAUGAGGAAUGCAGUACCCAGAUCAUUCAUUGUGAUAUAAAGCCUCAAAACAUACUUCUAGAUGAAUAUCAGAAUGCUCGUAUAUCUGAUUUCGGGUUGGCAAAACUUUUGAUCCUAAACCAAACCAAUACAAUUACAGCAAUCAGAGGAACUAAAGGGUAUGUUGCACCGGAAUGGUUCAGAAACAAGCCUGUCACUGUGAAGGUAGACGUCUACAGUUUUGGGGUACUAUUGUUAGAGAUCAUAUGUUGUAGAAAAAGUGUAUGUCCUAAACUCAUUGAAGAGGGCGGAGCAAUACUGACAGAUUUUGCAUUCGAUUGCUACUUGUCCGACAGAUUAGAUUCACUUGUCAAUGACGACAUGGAGGCAUUGAGCGACAUAGCACGAUUAAAAAGAUUCGUGACAGUUGCCCUUUGGUGUGUCCAAGAAGACCCAAGUCAUCGACCAACAAUGCGAAUGGUUACGCAAAUGCUAGAGGGUCUAGCUGAAGUGCCAAAUAACCCUCCUUGUUCAACAUCAUUUUCAAUGACUAGCCAAUGUUAAACCUUUCAGCUCGUCUUAGAUGAGACCGUUUCAUCAUGAGACGGGCUUAUAUAUUUAAUCUAUUUUUUUAAUUGAUCGUUUUAAAUUGUAUUUUCUUCAUUUGUAUUAGAUCGUCUCAUAAUGAGACGGGCUUAUAUAUGAGACCAGAAUCCAAAUAUUAUAAAGCAGGUCUUUUUUUUCAUUUUUCCUAAAGCUUAUAAAAUUUCAAAAACGACAGUAAUUUGAAGAUGUAUAUAUUCUAAUCUCAACAUAUUUAUUGAGCUUUAAGAAAUAUUGAACCUUGUAUA